UAUUAAACGCCACCAUGCGGGAGACACACAUUUCUGCUCCAUCGUGACAACAUCCACUUCCGCCCUCUACGAAGCACAGGAGUUGUUCUACAAUCAGUGCUACGCCAUUAUGUCUAGAUUAAGGGCAGAGUCGGCGCCUGUUUCCCUCCGGAGCGUCUUCACCGACUGCGAUACGCAUUCUACCACACGACGAUCUUCCGACGUAUCCCUCUCCGCAGGACGGUUGUCGCCGAAUAGUGCAGCAAGUUCAGACCACGAAGCGAAGGUAACCACGCAGGCAACUACAGAAAGCAGCACUGUGCACCCUGUCGAGACAUCUCAACCACCGGUCUGUGCGGCAUCCCCUCCGUCAUGUCUCAACCACAUCUACUUCUUCACGCGCGAUGUACCGGACAUUGCGCCGCCUGCCAAUGUCAAGGACCAACGCUCUGCCAGCCCUGCCAGUCGUGAUGAGUCUACAUCAAGCUCCGGCUCACUUAAUCCACUCGCACCUACCUUUACACCUUCGUUCCCAUCACCAACAGCAUCUCGGCUGUACGAGCUGCGUGAAGUGCCAGGUAAAGGCCUGGGAUUGUUCGCCGCCACCAACAUUCCACUAGGAGCCCGUAUCAUUUGCGAGUCACCACUGCUGACGAUAUCGCGUAAUGAGCUGCAUCUUGUCUGGGGCCCGUACUGCCGACUGUCGAACGCGCAGAAAAAGGCGUACGACUCGCUGCACUUCUACAACCCGCCGUUCAUGAAACUAGAACAGGCGGGCCGCCUCCAGCUCAUUGACACGAACGAUACCAGCCUGGACGCAGACGACAUCGACGAGAUUGUCAGAGAUCACGUACGCGUCAUGGGCAUUUUCGCGACAAACAACUUCAUAAGCGGACCGGCAUUUGCCGUCUACGAGGAGGCGUCACGCCUCAACCACUCCUGCAUUCCGAAUGUCCACCACUCCUACAACCCAACACUGAAGAAGCUGACCGUGCACGCUGCUCGCGACAUCUACGCUGGUGAAGAACUACUCACCAACUACGUCGGCGGGCGCUUCACGUACUGGCCACGUAAGCGGCGCCAGGGCAUCUUGCGCCAACAGUACGGGUUUCAGUGCGCUUGUGUGGCAUGCGUUGAUCGUACCGGGCAGUCCGAUGGCAGGCGCGAGGUGAUGGCCAAUAUGGCUUAUGGGCUCAUGCAAUAUGGCGGAGAUCGUCAUGGCGAAGGGCAGAACCCAUACAUACCAGCUACAGUCGAUGCGGCAUUGAGGCAGUCUGAGGAUCUCAUUACGCUGCUUUUGGAGGAAGGGAUCACCAACAUCGAGCUUUGCAAAGCCUACCGCACCGCCGCGCAGGAGGCUCUAAAGAUGCAAGACUACACCAAAGCGCGCGAUUACGCCCUGAACGAGGCUGAAGUCGAGCUGAAUUGCUUAGGCGCCGAAGUGGACGACUUGGUGAAGUGUGGAUCCGCUGCUUCAGUCUUCAUCAAUCUUGUGGAGCACGAGAUGGUCAAGGCUGGCGCCAUCGAGCCCGCGGUUACGCCACGCAAAACAAAGAAAACGAAGAAGACGUGGAGUGAGAGGCGGAAGGUGAAGAGGGAGCGGGAGGCUGCUGCACAGAAGGCCGAGGCGGCGAGGAGCUGACUUGGCGUUUCUUUCGCGCAUGUCAUGCUGGUGUAGUCUAGUGGUUGUCACGAGCGAGGAGUUGGAGGCUACGAGAUGGAGUAAAUGGAAUGAUACCUACCACGGCCGCUGAAUUUGA